CUUCGUUCCACUUCAAUCCACACUCUUCUACGCAUAAGUGAUGAUUCCAUUGCAAUUUACUACGCAUUUUCACAAUUAAGAUUGUUUCUAGUAAGCCCAAUUUGAUUUUUCUCUCUGUAAUGAGUCUGCCAUCCUUUAAAUGGCUCGAUUUUCUUGUUAUUUUUUCCUUUUACUCUUCUUUUUCACCAUAAACCCUUGUCUCGCCGUUGAUCAAAUUGAUGAAUUCUCGAUCAUCGACUCGGACCUCCUCUCUUCUCACGGUGACUACUCUCCGCCUUCGCCUCCGCCGCCUUCCUUGCCGCCGCUUCCUCCGUCUCUCUCGUGUGAGGAAGAUUUAAACGGAAUUGGCUCACUGGACACUGUAUGUGAGCUCAAUUCCAGCUUCAGUUUUGACAGCGAUGUGUAUAUAGCAGGAAACGGAAGCUUCCACGUGCUUCCUAAUGUCAUUUUGAGUUGUCCUAUGAAGGGUUGCUCAAUUUCCAUCAAUGUGAGUCGUGGGGAAUUCAGUUUGGGGCAGAACGCCGGCGUAUUUACCGGGACAUUGUUUGUUUCGGCGAGGAAUGCGAGUUUCUCUAAAGGUUCAGUGGUAAAUGUCAGCGGCUUAGCCGGUCAACCCCCGGCUCAGACGAGUGGAACCCCUUCGGGGAUUCAAGGUGCGGGCGGGGGCCAUGGUGGAAGAGGCGCAAGUUGCGUGUCGGAUAAUAUGAAACUGCCGGACGAUGUGUGGGGAGGAGAUGCUUACUCUUGGUCAUCUUUGGAUAAGCCUUGGAGUUAUGGGAGUAAAGGAGGGACGACUAGUAAAGAAGAGGAUUAUGGAGGGGAAGGUGGUGGGAGGAUAAGGUUAGAGGUGGAGGAGGCCAUUGAAGUUGGAGGGAGUUUGUUGGCGAAUGGAGGUGAUGGUGGUGUAAAAGGCGGUGGAGGCUCAGGUGGAAGCAUUUAUAUCAAGGCUUAUAGAAUGACUGGAAGCGGCUGGUUAAGUGCGUCUGGGGGGAAUGGAUUUGCUGGAGGUGGUGGUGGAAGAAUUUCGAUUAAUGUUUUUAGUAGGCAUGAUGAUACAGAAUUCUUUAUUCAUGGAGGAAAAAGUUUUGGCUGUCCCGAUAACUCAGGUGCUGCGGGUACAUAUUAUGAUGCUGUUCCUCAGAGUCUAAUUGUUAGCAACCACAACAUGUCCACAAAUACUGACACACUUCUAAUGGAGUUCCCUAAACAACCACUUUGGACAAAUGUGCAUGUGCGAGAUCAUGCCAAGGCUUCUGUUCCUUUGCUUUGGAGCCGUGUUCAGGUUAGGGGACAAAUUCGCUUAUCGUGCGGUGCAGUGCUAAGCUUUGGUCUUGCGCAUUUUGCUUCGUCUGAGUUUGAAUUGAUGGCGGAAGAACUUUUGAUGAGUGAUUCAAUUCUCAAGAUAUAUGGGGCUCUUCGUAUGUCUGUCAAAAUGCACUUGAUGUGGAAUUCGAAAAUGCUUAUAGAUGGUGGUGCUGAUGCUAUUGUGGCAACAUCCUUGCUUGAGGCCAGCAAUUUGGUAGUUCUAAGGGAAUCUUCUGUAAUACAUUCUAAUGCAAAUUUGGGAGUUCAUGGACAAGGAUUUUUGAAUUUAUCUGGACCAGGGGAUACAAUUGAAGCACAGCGUCUGAUCCUCUCAUUGUUUUUUAGUAUCAAAGUUGGACCUGGAUCUAUUCUGCAAGGUCCCCUGGAAAAUGCCAGUGACAAUGAUAUGGCACCACGGCUUUACUGUGAAUUUCAAGAUUGCCCUAUUGAAUUGCUUCACCCACCUGAGGACUGCAACGUGAAUUCUUCCUUAUCCUUCACCCUUCAGAUAUGUCGUGUUGAAGAUAUUAUAAUUGAGGGCAUUGUUACAGGAUCUGUUGUUCAUUUUCACUGGGUUAGAACUGUUGUUGUCCAUUCUUCUGGUGAAAUUACCACGUCAGCUUUGGGAUGCACUGGUGGGGUGGGUAGGGGAACAGUACUCAAUAAUGGUCUUGCUGGAGGUGGAGGGCAUGGUGGCAGAGGUGGGAUGGGAUAUUAUGAUGGCAGUUUUAUUGAAGGUGGUGUUUCUUAUGGAGACGCUGAGUUGCCUUGUGAACUUGGUAGUGGUAGUGGAAAUGAUAGUCUUGCUGGUGCAACUGCUGGUGGUGGAAUAAUAGUGAUGGGUUCACUGGAGCACUCACUCUCAAGUUUGUCUGUAUAUGGUUCCCUUAGAGCUGAUGGAGAAAGCUUUGGAGAAGUUAUCAGAAAGCAAGAUCAUAGUACCAUUUCAAACAUUGGUCCCGGUGGUGGAUCUGGUGGAACCAUCCUUUUAUUUGUUCAUUCAAUCAUGCUUGCUGAUUCUUCUGUUAUCUCAACUGCUGGAGGACAUGGCAGCCCAAGUGGUGCUGGUGGUGGAGGUGGUGGACGAGUUCACUUUCAUUGGUCAGAUAUCCCAACCGGGGAUGCAUACCAACCCAUAGCAAGUGUGAAAGGAAGCAUUAAUACCAGGGGAGGCUUUGGCAGAGGUCAGGGUCACACUGGAGAAAAUGGCACUAUCACUGGAAAGGCCUGUCCUAAAGGGCUUUAUGGUAUCUUUUGUGAGGAAUGCCCUCUUGGGACGUUUAAGAAUGUCAGUGGAUCUGAUAGAGUCCUUUGUCAUAGUUGCCCAGCUGAUGAGCUUCCAAGUCGAGCCAUAUAUGUUGACAUUCGGGGUGGUGUAACUGAUCGCCCCUGCCCUUACAAGUGCAUUUCUGAAAGAUAUCAUAUGCCACACUGUUACACGGCACUUGAAGAGUUGGUAUAUACCUUUGGCGGGCCAUGGUUUUUUGGUCUUAUUCUUUUAGGCCUCCUCAUUCUUUUAGCACUAGUUCUUAGUGUUGCAAGGAUGAAAUAUGUUGGUGGAGAUGAAUUACCAGCUCUCAUGCCUGCUCAUCGUGGCUCUCAAAUAGAUCACUCGUUCCCUUUCCUAGAGUCAUUGAAUGAGGUUUUGGAGACAAAUAGAACUGAGGAAUCCCAGAGUCAUGUGCACAGAAUGUAUUUUAUGGGAUCAAAUACAUUUACUGAACCUUGGCAUCUUCCUCAUGUUCCGCCCACACAAUUAAUUGAAAUUGUAUAUGAGGAUGCCUUUGAGAGAUUUGUGGAUGAGAUUAAUGAUUUAGCUGCAUAUCAGUGGUGGGAAGGAUCAAUCUACAGCAUUCUUUCUAUUCUUGCAUAUCCACUUGCAUGGUCCUGGCUACAGCAAUGCCGGAAAAGGAAAUUGCAACAGCUACGUGAAUUUGUUCGAUCUGAAUAUGAUCAUUCUUGCCUUCGUUCUUGCCGUUCACGCGCAUUGUAUGAAGGACUUAAGGUUGCUGCAACUGCUGAUCUGAUGCUUGCGUAUGUGGACUUUUUCCUUGGUGGAGAUGAAAAGAUAGGUGACCUUCCUCCUCGUCUUUAUCAAAGAUUUCCAAUUUCUUUGGUUUUUGGAGGAGAUGGAAGUUACAUGGCUCCUUUUUCUCUUCAAAGUGAUAACAUUCUUACGAGCUUAAUGAAUCAGUGUGUUCCACCAACCAUGUGGUAUCGACUAGUGGCUGGUUUAAAUUCUCAGUUGCGCCUAGUUCGCUAUGGACAUUUGAAACUAACUUUUGGCCAUGUUAUUAGCUGGCUUGAAACACAUGUAAACCCUACCAUAAUUGCAUAUGGUGUACGUGUUGAUCUUGCAUGGUUUCAGCCAACAUCUUCUGGUUAUUGUCAGUAUGGACUCGUGGUAUCUGCCACCAGCAAUGAGAAUGUGCAGUACUGGACUGAAGGUCAAGAUACAUAUUUUCCUUCUAUGGAGCAGUUAAGUUGGUCUGGUGCUAGUAGGGGAGCCUCAGUUGGUCGUCCAGGAGCUAGUGAAUAUUUAAGGAUAUUUGGAGGGAUAUUGCAUGCAAAAAACUUACAAACACUUAAAAUGAGGAGGGUGAUUUGUUAUCCCUUUUCACUUAUAGUUUGCAAUACCAAGCCUGUUGGUCAUCAGGAUCUUGUCGGUUUGCUUGUCUCUAUAUUACUUCUGGGAGAUUUUAGUUUAGUUUUGCUUACUUUGCUACAGAUGUAUUCUAUAUCACUGUUAGACUUCGUUUUAGUUUUUUUCAUCCUUCCUUUUGCAAUAUUUCUUUCGUUCCCGGCUGGUAUCAGUGCCUUGUUCAGUCAUGGACGAAGACAAUCAGCUGGCCUCGCACGUGUAUAUGCACUAUGGAAUAUCACAUCGUUGAUCAAUGUUAUAACUGCCUUUUUGUGUGGAUUUCUACAUUACUGGAGCCAUUCAAGCAGAAAACAUAUGAACAUUCAGUCAUGGAAUUUUAGCAUGGAUGAAAGUGAAUGGUGGAUGCUUCCUUCUGGAUUAGUUGUCUGUAAAAUAAUCCAAGCAAGACUUAUUGAUUUCCAUGUGGCUAACCAAGAAAUUCAAGAUCACUCUUUAUACAGCACUGAUCCAGAUGUGUUCUGGCAAUCUUGAAGUAAAACCUUUCUUCCUUCUUUCUUUCCCUGAAUACUUGCAUCAUAAGUAAAACAGCAUUUAGGAAACCCAUUUUUCUUUCCCCAAUUUGGUGUGAUGGAUUUGAAUAGUGAAGGAAUUUAAGCAUGAGUGGCACUUGAAUUUUGUAAAUGGUAGAUACUUCUAUAUAUGAUUUAUUUUCAUACAUAUGCACACACACAACAGAGUAAAGAAUCAAUGAACCGAACCAUUGUUUGAUACCCAAAUCAAUCAACGUGAUUAGGAUUUUUAUUUUAA